AUGUCUCCUCCUGCUGCUACCUACGACAUCCCAACCUCGACUACCGCUGGCAAUGGCCUGUCCGUCAAGAAGGACCUCGGCGUCAAGCCUGCUGCGUUCAAUGGGCAGAGCAAGACUCUGGCUGAGUUGGAGGAUAAGUGGGAGUCGUUCACUUUCGCUCCCAUCCGUGAGUCUCAGGUCUCGCGUGCCAUGACUCGCCGCUACUUCAACGACCUCGACUCCUACGCCGAGUCCGACAUCGUGAUCGUGGGCGCCGGAUCCUGCGGCCUCAGCACCGCCUACAUGCUCGGCAAGAAGCGUCCGGACCUCAAGAUCGCCAUCGUGGAAGCCGGCGUGGCCCCGGGCGGAGGAGCCUGGCUCGGCGGCCAACUCUUCAGCGCAAUGGUGAUGCGCAAACCCGCCGACUUGUUCCUCACCGACCUCAACAUCCCCUUCGACGACGAAGGCGACUUCGUAGUCGUAAAGCACGCCGCACUCUUCACCUCGACCCUCCUCUCCCGCGUCCUGCAGUUCCCCAACAUCAAGCUCUUCAACGCCACCACCGUCGAAGACCUCAUCACGCGCCCGGCCCCGACCCCCACGGACCCAAAGGCCGUCCGCAUCGCCGGCGUCGUCACCAACUGGACCCUCGUCUCCAUGCACCACGACGACCAGUCCUGCAUGGACCCCAACACCAUCAACGCGCCGCUCGUCAUCUCGACGACCGGCCACGACGGGCCCUUCGGCGCCUUCUGCGUAAAGCGCCUCGUCAGCAUGCAGCAGAUCGAGAAGCUGGGCGGCAUGCGCGGCCUCGAUAUGAGGACUGCGGAGGACGCGAUCGUGAAGGGUACUCGCGAGAUCGUGCCGGGGCUGAUUGUGGGCGGGAUGGAGUUGAGUGAGGUGGAUGGCGCGAAUCGGAUGGGUCCGACGUUUGGUGCUAUGGCGCUUUCGGGCGUCAAGGCGGCGGAGGAGGCGCUUGCUGUUGUUGAUGAGCGUAGGGCUCAGAAUAUGGAGUAA